UAGCACGCCGGCUGUCUACCGGGUUGCGUCCGCCAGGGGAGCGCUCUGCCGCGUCGCGUCUACCUUCCGUUGGCCGCCAGCGUGAAGAUACGACACGAUACGACGCCAGGUGCUUGACGGACCUUCUGAGACUGGGCGCUCUGAACGGCGUCUCCUGCGCCUCUGGGCAGCCUCUGACGAGCAGAAGACACGACCUGCGAAGAAUCACGAAGAAAAACACAUACCAGUACUUAUAAAUUAGCCAUAGUAAAACCGUUUGUUUAAUAGACACCAGUGACUAGAAACAUUGCAGAAACUCUGGUGGCAGCUCCACAUCCACCUCCUAAUUACGUGCCGGCCGCAUUUGCUGAUGGCGCUGCUGCAGGCGGACUGUCAGCGCGGCUUGCUGACGCUGCUGGUGCUGGCGGCGGCGCUGACAGGCGUGUGCCGCGGGCAGCUGGGCCUGCAGGCGCCGGUGCUCGUGCAGGAGCCGCCGGCGCGGCUGCGCUUCUCCAACUCGACCGGGUCGCAGGUCAGCUGCGCGGCGCGCGGCAGCCCGCCCCCAGACGUCGCGUGGCAGCACGCAGACGGAUCACCUGUCACCGCCGUGCCCGGCCUCAGGCAGACCCUGGGCAAUGGCACGCUGUACUUUCCACCAUUCCGAGCUGAAGACUACAGGGAGGAAGUGCACUCCGCCACAUACCGCUGCAAGGCAUCCAACCUGGGUGGUGCAGUUCUCAGCAGAGAUGUCGUAGUCCGAGCUGUGGUGCGUCAGGACUACGAGGUGCAGGUGUACCGCGCGCAUGCGCUGCUGGGCAACACGGCGGUGCUGCGCUGCGUCAUCCCGCCCUUCGUCCGGGACGACGUCUCCGUCUCCUCCUGGUUCCGGGACGACGCCAUCAUCCUGCCGGGCAGCCACGAUGCAGGUGGCGGCCGCUUCGUGGUGACGAGCACCGGCGACCUGCUGGUGAGGCGGGCCACGGCGUCGGACGCCUCCUCCCGCUACAGCUGCCUCACGUUGCACGCACUCACCGGGGAGCGGCGGAGGAGCACCCCGGCGCAGCUGCUCACCGUCACAGAGGCGACGGGCGGUAUGCCCCCGAGGCUGACGCAGCGUUCGGUGACGUCACUGACGGUGGAGCAGGGCCGCGACGUGACGCUGAGUUGCGCCGCCCAGGGGAACCCGCCGCCCACCUUCACGUGGUGGCGGGAGUCGGGCACGCCGGUGCCGUCGACGGGCCGCGUGUGGGCGUCGCAGGACGCGCUGCACAUCCGAGGUUCGAGACCCGAAGACGCGGGCAGGUGGGAGUGCCGCGUGCACAACGCCUUCGGCGAGCAGCGCGUCCACACCUCGCUCUCCGUCACGGCGCCCCUGGCGGCGCACGUCACGCCUCACCUGCUGGUGGUGAACUCUGGAGAGGCGGCGACGUUCAACUGUUCGGUCACUGGCUCCCCCGUGGGCAGCGUGGAGUGGCUGCACAACGCAGAGUCCUUGCCCGCCGGGCGCGCGCGCCUUUUGUCGCCGCUAGUUCUGCACAUCGCCGCUGCGACGCGCGCGCAUCGCGGCGUCUACCAGUGCGUCGCCAGGGGAGAUGCAGACAGCGCGCAGGCCGGCGUAGAGCUGCGACUGGGAGACACGGUUCCGGAGCUGCAGUCCACGUUCAUCGAGCAGGCGCUGAGUCCUGGACCACCGGUCUCGCUUCGUUGCUCGGCAGCAGGCAGUCCACCCCCGCAGUUCACGUGGCUGCUGGAUGGACGACCUCUCACCGCCGCUCGUCUCGGGCACAGGUACACAAUCGGGCAAUAUGUUGAUCAGGCUGGCGAUGUUAUCAGUCACGUGAACAUCUCGUCAGUCCGUGUACAAGAUGGAGGCCUGUAUACCUGCAGUGCUGCCAACUCCAUGGGUACUGUGUUCUAUGAAGCCAGGCUCAACAUUUACGGGCCGCCGUACGUGCGGCAGCCGCCGGGCCCGGUGCGCGCCGUGGAGUCCGGGAACGCGACGCUGCGCUGCCCGUACUCCGGCUACCCGGUGAGCUCCAUCUCGUGGGAGCGGCGCGGGCUGACGGUGAAGGCGGACCUGCGCCACGAGCUGAGGGAGGGCGGCGCGGCGCUGCACGUGCUCCGCGUCGACCCCGGCGUGGACGCCGGCUCGUACGUGUGCAAGGUGCGCGGCACGGCGGGCGAGGUGGCGCGCGGCGAGCUCCAGCUCUCCGUCAGCAGUCCACCCAUUGUAAUGCCUUUCAUAUUCCCAACCAACUUGCGAGAAGGGGCAAGAGCACAGAUAAGUUGCAGUGUCUCUUCUGGUGAUCUCCCUAUUCGAUUCUCAUGGUUGAAGGACAAUGGACCAAUACCGGACGUACUCCAGGUCACAGAAAAAGAUGGGGGAGAAUUUUUCAGUCUGCUUAUAUUUAAUAAGCUGUCUUCACAACACAGUGGAACAUACACCUGUGUGGCUUCAAACAAUGCUGCUAGUGCUAACCACUCUUCACAGUUGCAGGUGAAUGUCGCUCCUCGGUGGUUGAUGGAGCCGCAGGAUGUGUCGACUCUAGCUGGGAAUUCACUGUUUGUUCAUUGCCAGGCACAAGGUUUCCCUCAUCCAGUUGUUUCUUGGAUGCAAGGUCAAGGUGGAAAAGCAUCAGAUUUCCAACCAAUCGAUUCAUCAGACUCCCAAAUAGUUGUGAUGGCAAAUGGGACACUUUUCAUUCCAUCUGCAUCAUCAGAGGUGGAAGGUUUCUACUUAUGUCGUGCAGAUAACAGUAUUGGUGCUGGCCUCAGUAAGGUUGUUGAGAUAUCGGUCAAUGAACCAGUGAGAUUUGAAGUUAUGGAAAAAAAUGUGACAGUCAGUCGAGGAGAGCUGGUUACCCUAAAAUGUGAUGUGACAGGAGACCAUCCCAUCCAGGUUGACUGGCUGUUCAAUGGGCAACGCUUGCACCACAGCUACAGCAGGACAAGUGUGUCAGAAAUAAAGACUGACAAAGGCCUGCUGUCCCAGUUGGUCAUCAGUGAAACUGACCGUCAGGACUCUGGUCUGUACAUCUGCCAAGCAGGGAAUGUGUUUGGGCACAGUGCACUACUUGUCCAUCUUGCUGUACAGGAACCACCGGAUCCUCCAUUUGAUGUUGAGGUGACUGAGAUCAACAGCAGAUCAGUUCGUUUGUCGUGGCAUCCACCAUUUGAUGGGAACAGUCCUUUAACAGGUUAUUUAAUACAAUACAAACGAGGGACAAGUCUCAUCAGUGAUUGGCAGCACACUGGGACUGUGAACAUAUCUGUGCCAACCAUGGGAACUGAUUUUACAAAUCCUUUGAGAACUGCGGUGAUAAGUGACUUACAUCCAGCGACCACCUACCAUAUAAGAAUGCUUGCCAUGAAUGCUAUUCAGGCUAGUGCCUUCACAGAUCCUCUUACAGUAAAAACUCAGGAAGAAGCUCCUUUGGGUCCUCCACAGGAUGUGCAUGCAGAAACUGUUGGGACUGAUGAAUUGCUAAUAACAUGGAAGCCACCCCUCUCUGAUACUUGGAAUGGGGAUAUUCUGGGUUAUGCCAUUCACUGGAAUCUUCAUGGAGCUUCACAUUUGGAUACUAAUAACACAAAUUCUAUUACAGUAAGAGGGCUGACAACUACAGAACUGCGACUGAAGGAGCUGAAAAGAUUCACAACAUAUGAUAUAUAUAUUCAGGCUUUCAAUAGCAUGGGGUCUGGACCAAAAUCAUCUGCUGUUACAGUUACAACACAAGAAGGAGUACCAGAAGCUGCUCCACAAAAUGUGACAUGUUCUCCUCUAUCAUCACAGAGUGUGAAAGUCAAAUGGUCUCCACCACCAACACAGCAUCAUGGGGGUGUCAUACAAGGAUACAAAGUUGUUUACAAACCGGUCAUGACUGAUUCUGAUCUUCAGGCAGCUGGCAGUGAGGUGAAGCGAACUUCUAGCCUCGAAACUUAUCUACAUGGGCUCCUCAAAUUCACAAACUAUUCCAUCAGAUUGUUGGCCUACACAAGUGUAGGUGAUGGAAUACUGAGCAGCUCUGUUUUUUGCACCACAGAACAGGAUGUUCCUGGUCCACCAGCUUUUGUCAAAGCACUUUCACUGACAUCUGAUUCCAUUUUGGUCUCAUGGAUGCCCCCUGAACAUCCAAAUGGUAUUAUUACGCAGUACUCCAUUUACUGCAAUGAGAAAAACAGUCCACAAAAGCAAGCCAGCUUUCAAGCAGGGCCCACUAUAAGGACACAUGAGGUUCGGGGAUUGAAGGAAUUAGAGCAGUAUGAGUUUUGGGUGACGGCUUCUACUAUAGUAGGUGAAGGUGAUCCUACACGGCCUGUUCUGCAAGCACCCAAUUCAAGAGCUCCUGCUCGCAUCGCAUCUUUUUCUCAAGUUUUACGCCGUGCUUUGAAAACGAGUGUGACCAUGUCAUGCCUGGCAGUAGGAAAUCCAACACCUAGUGUGCGGUGGCUUCACAAAAAGAGGACCCUUAAAUCUGACUCUAGUUUCAAAAUAUCACAGGGAUUACUUCACAUAACAAGACUGGAGGAAGUAAAUGAAGGAAAUUAUUCUUGUAUAGCAAAAAAUCUAUUUGGUGAUGAUCAGAUAACAUACCAAGUUAUUGUGCUAAUGCCACCUGAUACUCCAGUACUUGAAAUUCUUGGUUCAGAUCAUCACACUAUCAAACUACAGUGGACCACUCCUAAGGAUGGAGGAACACCAAUAUUAGGUUAUAUACUGAAUUAUAAGCGGGACCAUGGGAAUUGGCAGUAUGUUCAGCUGGAUGCUGAAAAAAAUUCUCACACUCUGGAGACUUUACUCUGUGGGGCCACGUAUCAUGCAUAUAUUGUAGCGCACAACAGAGUUGGGGACAGCCAGCCAAGUGAUACUGUCAGUACAAGUACCAAGGGAACAGAACCAGAACUACCAAAUUUUAACUCACUUGUCUUGGCAAAUGCAACUUCACUGUAUUUGUACCUGUCAACGUGGCCAGAUGGAGGAUGCCCUAUGUUAUAUUUUGUUGUUGAAUAUCGAAUACAGGGGAGUGGAAGUCAUUGGAUCCUUGUUGAUAACAAUGUGCCUCCAAAAAAGUUUCUGAUAGGUGACUUGCAACCAGCCACUUGGUAUCAGUUAAGACUUACUGCACACAACAGUGCUGGCUCAACAAGAGUGCAUUUCAAUAUUGCCACGACAACUGUUACUGGAGCCACUGUUGCUCCAAUGCAGGAAAGUCAAAGCUUGACAAAUACGUCCCGCUUUUAUGAAGAUGUUUAUGUGAUAGUGCCUACAGUGUGCUCAGCAGUAUUCUUACUUUCUGCUGGACUGUUACUAUAUGUAACACUGAACAGAACUCGCUGUCGGCAAUGUGUAGAACAGAAGAGAGCACAAGGCAUGCCUGAAAGCCCCAGUGCCUGCAAAGCAGCUGCUGAAAUGGACAACAGAAGGAAUUUUCAACAAAUUUAUUCUGCAUCACCAACGAAAACAGAUGAACAUCAAGCCUCUAAACGUAUGGAUGAAACAUCUGAACUAUAUGAGAUGAGCCCAUAUGCCACUUUUGCUGUACCAUCAGAAUCUCAUAGGAAAAUAAAUGCAGCAACUCUGGACUACACAAUGCAGUUUAGAACUUUUGGACAUACUGAGAAUGACAGCAGUGCUCAACUACAACAUUCUCAUCGAACCAACAAGAAGAACUGGUAUCUAGUGUCUGAUGGGGACAAUGAGCAGCAAGCACUAACAGGCAGUCUCCACAGGAAAAGUAAUGUGAAGCGGCAUCACAGCAAAGCUGAUUUGAGUCAGAACUCAGAAUCUGACACAAGUGGUAGUCCAUCUGCGGUUAGCAGUUACAGAGUACCCAUUAAGCAGCCUACAGCAAGAAGUUUAGAAAUUUAUCGCCUUGACUCAAGUACUGAAUCAAAUGAGACUUCACCUGUUCCCCACAGAAGACAUACUCCUCAGCAUUAUUCUGUCUGCAGCAGCAAGAGAGGAAAGCAGUCGCUCGCCAGCCCAGAAUCUAGUUCUGCUGAAGAUGAAGCCAGCUUCUCCAGUUAUCAAUUACAGCCCCCAUCUGGAUUCUCAGAUAACCAAGAACUGAGUGAGGCUGAAUGUGAUCGAGAUACAAGCCAGCUUGAUAAGCUGCUUGCAAGGUUUAAACAACAAAAGGAAGAGGAGAGGCUUCAGUAUACGAUUCAUGUCUGAUCUUAACAAAUGUUAAGGUAAAGUGCAGUUUAGGUAAAGUGCAAAUGUGGACACAGUUAUGUGAUAAAACUUAUAGCCUUUGCUGUUGUUGUGAAGUGUGGCUCUGCUAUGAAACGAAAACUGCAUUUUUCAAGAAUCAUGGAUGGGUUAAGCUGGAACUGAAAUACAGUCCAUUCACAUAAACACUUUCUUCCAGUUAACUAAAGGAACCAGAACAAUGAAAUAUUCAUAAUACUUCACCUUUAACUGUGUAUGGUAUAUAUUAUAUAUACUUCAAUGAAAUGCCAAAUAUUUUCUAAUACAUUAUUUUUUGACACAAAGAAAGAUGAAUGUUUCCAGAAUUUUAUUUUAUUAAAAAGAAAAUGUGAACUUUGUCUGGAAUAUGUGGCAUUCGAAGGGAGGUUUGAGACUUCAAGGUGCCAAAUAUUUUAGGACUACUUUAUUAUAUACUUUCCAAAGACUGAUGCAUUGUACAGGUCAAAAGCUGUUGUGUGUUCAAUUUUGUCUAAUAACAAAGGAACAAUUAAUAAGCAAAUAAUCUUGUCAGUACACAGCUCCCCUGCACUUGUAGUAAUGUAAAUUCUGUAUUGUCUACUGCUGCAUGCAUGUGAACCUAAUAUAAAGUUUCUACACAAUUACAUGAAUAAAUGUCUGUGCAGAGUGUCAGCUUUGGAAAUAAAACAGAUUUUUGAAACUUCA